AGUAGCUGUACACUUGCUAUUGUCAGCAAUGCUACUGCACUGUUUACAGGCGCUGGUUUUAAUACCAGUGGGCACUAUGCACUUUAGCUCAACUCAACUUGUAUUGUACGGGACGCUUACAGCUUGAGAUCAAUUCCUGGAAUGUCACAGAUGAGACCCAACAUCAUGGAUGAAGAUAAUUCUCCUGCUCAGUUCACAGAUGACAAAGCAGUGUGCAUCGUAUCCGUCAAACGCAUGAAGAACAACUGGCAGAAGUGGUCUGAUAAUCACCAGGAACUCCAGAAGCAUAACCCCUUCAGUCAUGACACCAGGCCCGUGGCAGUGGUCCCUCAUAGGGGUCACAAUGACUAUGGGAAGCCCCUGCAGGGCUCAAUGACAGCACAACGUGGGGAAGAUGCUCACACACAUAUCAGCAGAGAGGUUCAGGAGUUGUAUGAGGUGAUAAAAGACAUUGGGGUACAGGCAAACAAAGAUGGGGGUGGGAGCAAUAUCUCGGUAGAAUUUGGCAAGCUGUUUGAGCAUUACGUCACUAUCUCAAACAAACUGGUGGGUAUUCUUCUAAGAGCCCGGAAGCAGAAGCUGGUUGACUUUGAGGGGGAGAUGCUGUGGCAAGGGAAGGAUGAUCAUGUUGUGAUUACGUUAUUGUGAUGAGCAGAAAAGGUCAUGUUGCAUGUUGCCAUUGUUUGUUGUAGUUGCACAAAACUACUUUGUUUAAAAUGGAAAUGCUUUUAUUUUCUUCAUGAGACUGAAAAUCAUAGUGGAAGAUAAGUGUGCAAAAUGGUUAGAUCUGUAGUUAUCAUGAUUGCUAUAUCAUUAAAACAAAUGCAAGCAUACCAACAUAGGUGUUAAGCCAAAUACUAAUACUGUACAGUACAUCAUAAGAUGGUUUAUAUAUGAUAGCAGUCAAAGCCAAUUCUCAUUUGCCAGCAUUGUUCGCAAUGCUUCAUGCAUGAAACACACAGUACUAGACUUUGGUUCCUAUCUGUUCUGUAGAUGCGUUACCUUUUUAAAUGAAGUCAAAGUAACAAAUACUUGGUGCUACAAUUUACAUUUUUAUAUUUUACUGUAAGUUUGUACAUUAGGCAUGCAAUGUUUUACAACCCAAUAA